AUCAACCGCCACGAUGGCGCGCUUCCAGAUGAGCAACCUGGUCGGCGACCCUUUUUGCGCUUGCCACCGUAUCGAUUAGCCAUGCUUGCGGUGGAUCAUUGGUGCCGUCUCAUGCGCCAUCGCCCAUACGAAGGAAGUGGUUCCGAACUUCUUCUGGUGGUCGAUUGCGUACCAGCUGUUGUUGGAUACGCUGCUGCCGGGCUCGUCUGCACAACAUUCAUCCUCGAUAACCUUGUCACCAGCAAGCAGGGCCCCAGACAGGCUGCCGGUGCUGGUCUUUUUUCUUUUUUCCAUGGACGGACCUCUGGCCCCAGGGCAUACAUCGACUCCUUUGCGCCUCACAAGGAACAGCCACACAGCUACCGCAACAGCAAACCCAUCUCUCACAGCUACACUCCCCGUCCCGAAACCACCAUCUCCUCCGCCCACCCACACAUGUACUCGUCCGCACCACUCAAUGGUUUCGACAACUCUUCGCCCAUGACGGGCUUCAACCCCACCACUGCCAGCGCAACGGGCGUCCAGCCCAUGCUUGGCUCGCAGACCAACCCCAGCACUGUGGGCGGGGAGACGGGCGAGAUAGGACAGCCGACAGAGUACCCGUACCGUGCCAAGGCGAUAUAUUCGUAUGAAGCCAACCCAGAUGAUGCGAACGAGAUCAGCUUCACCAAGCAUGAGAUCCUCGAGGUGUCGGACGUGAGUGGGCGGUGGUGGCAGGCGAAGAAGUCGACGGGAGAGACGGGCAUUGCGCCGUCAAACUACCUCAUCCUUCUUUAA